AUGUCGGCUGGCGCUGUCGAGACUCCCACUUCCGCACGCUCGAGAUCAGGCUCACAGACGAGAUGGGAAUGGCCAGCAGGAGUCCCUCCACCGCCUCCAGGGCCGCCACCACCUGGCUCUAGGUCACAUAGUGUGCAGCCGACGGAGAGGACAUCUGUGCCAUUAAUGUCACCACCCACACGCCGACCGCCCCCAAGCAGCGGAUCGUCACUGGAUCCAGUUCCACCGACACCUGCAAAUUGGGUUGACGAGAGUAACCAAUCACCUCGUUCGGAUAGCGUUCAGUCUCGGCCUCUCCGAAUAGACACAGAGGUGGCGCAACAGUCAGACCAAGUUCCAGAGCCGCUGCAGUCUUCAGGAAGUGCCAGUGGGUUGAACCGAGCCGGUGCGGUGCGUCACGAUAAGACGAUCAUUCAGAGGCGGGCAGAGAGUCGGACUCGCCAAGGAAGCCACGGCUCUAUUGACGAGGGAAUGAACCCUCAUAACAUAUCAAAUAUCGUCGUACCUAGUGGUUCCAGUAAUGCGCCUCGUCCUCUGACAACACCUCGGAGUGCGAGUGGUGGAGGACCUCAGACAGGAGAAUCAAGCGCUCGGCCUGGGUCUAAUACUUCCACCCCCAAUGUGCGCUCUGGCAAGUUGCCGAUGUUGAACACAUCGAUCGCCCCCUUUACUCCGUCACGACUUGGUCAUCAAGCGACAGGCUCACAAUCCGUUGUGCCCAAAGCACUUCCAACUCCCCCUCCUCACGGACAAUCAGCGUCGAGCGCCAAUGCACGAGAAAGCUCACGACCUCCCGCAGGUUCUCGGACGCCCUCGACAAAGGAUGCCAUGAGGACACAGAGUGCUGAUCAAUUUGCCGCCGGCACCAUCGAGCGAUUCCAAGCCUUUGCAGCCAGCGAAUCGACCGCUGCUUCGGACGCUGACCGUGUUCGCUUGUUCGCCGACUUUAUUGUGAACGAAUCCCGCAUUCGCCGAGAACGAUAUUCAUCAGCAAUCGGGGCAAUGGGCUCCGAGAUUUUUGAUCUUACUCGGGAUCUAUUCAGGCCAAUGGUGGCUCCAAGGCGUGAGUCUGUGGCAUCUCAAGAUGGUGGUAAACCAGAUCCCGCAGGUCCCCAACGCUCCAGGGCGAGUUCUCUCCAAUCCAAUCCACCGGCAGAGAGUGGCCCAAGUUCUGCCCCAGUUUCGGGCCGGCUGCCACCCUCGCCGAGUGCUGGUGCGCAAGGCGGAGCGAACUACAACUCCAACUAUAUGCCAUCGCUCUCACCUAUUCUAAGUAUGAGCGUAAGUGACAACUACGGUGAUGGGAGCUCUCGGGGGCGCCCAUCAAGUCGUUGGUGGGAGACAGAUUCGCAGGGCGACGGCUCAAAACGGGUGGAGCGAUCCAAGCGAGAGUCCAAAUAUAUGGGUGUUCCCAAGACCCAGUGGGCAGAAGUUGAAAUGAACGCAAGCACACAGGGAACCUUGAGCGAGCCAGGAUCAACCGUUGACUACCCGCAAGAGAAGACCGGUUGGCAUGACGAGGAAAGUGUGUGUACGCCGCAGCCCUCACGGUUCCCGCUCUCGCCUGGGCAAACUGCAUCAACCCCCUCUCCCGCGCCUGGCGGUCGAGGAUUUCUUGACGUGUCAAGGCUUGUAACUUUGCCCCCUCCUUACCCUCGACAUCACCCAGCAGUAGAAAAUAAUCACCCAGAGCUCAGCGCAACGAGGACGGCCGUACGCGCUCUGAGCGACCUGUCGGAGAUUAGCAAAGUGAAGGAGAAGUACAAAGCUGACAGCACGAAGCGACGGGAGGAUUUCACGAAGGAGUCCACUGAGCGUCACCAAGCACUCAGAGCAAAUCUUCACCAGGAAAUCAGCUCUGGCAACAUGGGAUAUGCGGACGCGGCAGCUAUCGAAGCCGACUUAAAAUUACAUGAGGACAGCAAGAAGAAGGAUUUGGAGAAAGCGGAAUAUGAACAAUUCCAGAAUGUUGUCAUUAUGCCCUUGAAUGAUCUUCUGACAGGCAGAAUUUCUCGAGCCACUGAACUCUACGCUUCUUUGUCUGAGCACCUAUUCGACGACGGGCAAAUGGAUGCCGAUAUGCCUCAGGAAGAAGGCGAUGACCGACCCGAACUUCUUGAGAAAUUGACACUACUCAAAUGGAUAUUUGAGGCGCGAGAAACACUUCACCGAGCUAUAUUCGAUAUCUUAUCUGAUCGAAAUGGGCGUUACCGUGAUGUGAUCAUCACGCCUUACCGGCUUUCUGGAAACACAGAGAAGCUUAAGAGUGCAGAGGCUUUCUUUGCUGAGGAUGCCGCGAACAGAGAGUUGGCCUAUGCCAAUGAGGUUCUAGAUCGCGCAAGAGAUUUCCGGCAGGUCGUUGACGAAGCCGUGCACAAGGGCAUUGCUCUACAGCUGUCUGCUUUCUGGGACAUUGCCCCUCCUCUCUCUCGGCUGCUCGAGAGUAUCCCAACGGAGCUGGAUGGUUUCAACAUUCAAAUUCCCGCCUCUGAAUAUGAGGAAAACCCUGCCUAUCGCGAUCACCCAAUGCAGUACCUCCUAAGUUUGCUUCUCCAUACAGAGAAAAGUACAUACCAGUUCAUUGAGGCCCACACUAAUCUCUUGUGCCUCUUGCACGAAGCAAAGGAAGCCGUGGCAAAUGCGAAGGCCAAGAUCCUCGCCACGCAAAUCAAGGAAGCAGACGGCACGCCAAUUAGCCCUGAGCAAAGAGAGGAGAGGUCAAGAGCCAUGCGCCAGGGCGAAGAUCGACGUUUGACGGAAGACCUCAAAGAGAAGGUUCGUGUUGUACAGGACCAGUGGAAUAAUGCUCUUGCACAGAGCAUUGCCAGUGUCAAGGAGAGAAUUGCUGGGUGGCUUUUGGAGACCGGUGGGUGGGAUGACUCCCUCGUUGAGGGAUGA